AUGCAAGUCAGAAAUAUUCAGAACAUAGCACCGAGUCUAACUGACAAGAGUAUAAAGAUAUACUAUGAACACGUUAUGAUGAAACCUACCAAAAUUCAAGAAAGUCAGUAUACUUAUGAAUAUCCAAGGCACUGGGUAGAGUAUGUAGGAGGUGAGAAAGCUAUUGAAAUCAGACAGGUUCGAAGUAUUCCAGCAGGAAGAACAAUAUUAUUGAAGAACUUUAAUGUUUUGAGGUAUAAUGAUGAAACAAAGAAGCAAGAUAGUUUUCCUGUUGCUGUGUAUGUGAACCUAGACACAGGAGAUGACAUGAAAGUUUUUAACACAAAGCUUCAAACGGUAGUGAGAGAACAACUGACUGCGGAAGGACAUCCAUUACCUUCAGAAGUUAGCAUAGCAUAUAAUUUUGAAACAAACUCAAUAGAUUUUAAAGUCAUCUCUGCAAAGAAGUCAGGUUUUACAUUUAAUGAAGCAGAUGUAUAUUCGAAUGAAAACUUCAAAGCUAUUGCAUGGUUAGA